ACCGAUUUCUUCAUGUCUCGCACUUCGACAAACAACAACCACACUCCAGCAAACCUCAAUCUAGGAAUAUAUCAUUUCAGAAAGAUAAAACAUUCGUUACCAUGGCCAAGCUGACGAAUUUACCCUGUGAACUUUUCCAAAUGGUCACAGCUUGCGGCAAUCUGAAAAGAAGUGAUCUCGCGUCCCUUGCUCUCGUCAACAAACAACUCUAUUUUGUCACCAACGAAACACUUUACAAGACAUUUGGAAGCCCGGUCGCAAUUGAAUUUGCCGUUAAAAAUGGCGUGAUUGGCACUCUUGAAGCUGCCCUUUCCUUCGGACUGGACAUACACUACGAUUACGAUCAACCACUGCGCCAGGCUUGCGGGAAGGGGCAGAUAGAAGUUAUAAAAUGGUUUUUAAAUCAUGGCUCGUCAGUCGACACCGAACCCGUAUCUGGUAUUUUUGUCCAGGCGGCCCAUUCCCCGUUGUUCACCGCACUCCGAUGUGGGAAUGAAGAUGCUGCCUUGUUGUUACUUAAACUUGGGGCUACUCCUAGAUUCGCCUUUGACAACCACUUUUCUUUGGAUCAAUUAUAUAUCAUGUUAUCCUACUAUUCGGCUCUUCACAUAGCGGCUGACAAGGAUAUGAUGCGUGUGGUGGAAUUUCUAAUUCGCGAACACGUACAACCCAUUGAUGAGAGUAUCCGUGGCUGUCCAUCGGUCUUAGGCUUGUUGAUUAAGCGAUACAGGCGCAAUUCUCAGUUGAGUACAUUCAAGAAGCUAAUUGAGUUUGGGGCCAACAUCAACGCCGAAGCUUCCAACGAUAAAGUUCCAUUCAUACUUGCUCUCGAGCAUGGCCAAUAUGACUACGCGGAAGCACUACUUGAUGCCGGUGCGAUGAUUAACUCAAGAUCCACGAACCCUAGAAUACGACACCCCAUUCAUGCUUGCAUUGCGGGCUCGAGACGCAACUUCCUUAGAGGGUGCGCCAUGCUUUCUAGGCUAAUAGAAGCUGGUGCAGACCUGGAAAAGAGCUACCUAGGAGGAUAUACUCCCUUGGGGGAGGCUGUGGUAGAUGGACAUAGCAAAAUGGUAGCUCAUCUCUUAUCAUUGGGUGCUCAUGUGGAUGGUCAAGAUUCAUCUGGACGUACUCCACUAGAUCUUUUCGUGGACUAUAGGAGCUAUGACUGUGUGCAGCAUCCGGAAAAAGUAUUGGCACUCCUACGUGGUGGUGCUAGGAUGGAUACACCUUUGUUUGAUGGAAGGACGUUACUGGAAUGGAUAAUCCAUGAGGAUUGGGUACUUAGUGAGGUUGAAGAUAUACCUUCUAGUGCGGACCUACUUGAGCAACUGUUGACCGCAGCUAUCCCGGCAAUGUUGGAUCAUAAGCAUCUGGAUGAAGUCCUGUUUAAGUUCUUCGAACCGAGGUACUAUAAGGAAUGCUUAAUACUCGCUAAUAAUGGUGCCACUUUGAAAUCCUACGACCAGGCAUAUUCUACCGCAAGAGACAUGAUAUCCACUUACGAACACCAGCAGCCACGCGAUUCGGGAAAUCAUUUCAAAUACUUCCAGAUGAUUGCCCAUGCAGGCUUGCCAGCAGAAAAGAUCGACGAGUUGAUGGCCUAUGCUCGAGAAGUAGGAGAUGUAGAGAGCAACCGAGCCCUACUUUCUAGGAAAGCAACUUACUCUGGGACUUGAAACAAAACUGGUACCAUUAGGUUGUAAAAACGACACCAUAAUCGUUAUGGAAACGGCUGUAAAAAGAGGCUUGUAUUAACCAAGAUACGAAUAUGCCCCCGACUUGGUCGCAAGGGGAGCACCCCCAAACACGACUGGACAGUUGCAGAACGAGGCGAAGGAAAAAGGGUGGGAAAAAAAAGGAAAAAAACCCUAAGUGUUGAUGACAUAUUUUCUUUAGGCUCGUAUUCCUGUAGGGGAGACAGAAAUAAUAAAAUCAGUGCGCAUAAACCAGUGGAAGAUACUAGUCCUAAUCUCAAUCGUCACUGUACUGUUAAUAUCCUUAUGUACC